AUGUUUUAUUUGUAUUCUGUGGGCCAAAUGCUUAAUUAUGAGAUGUAUGGGUAUUUGUCAGAGAAUCAGGCACAAUAUAGAAGGCAUUUGCCUACCUCUGUGUUUUUUUUUUUUUUUUUAAUCUACCCCAGUUUGUUUUUCUUGGUGUCAGGAGUGGGUGCCAAAAAGCUUCAAGUUAACUCUUCUUUAUCUGCAGAAUUCGGGGGGUUCUGGAAGCGGGCAUCACCGUUCAGUGUUGCCGGACACUUUCAGGUUGCUGCUUCACUUUUAUCUAGGUUUGGCCCCCGCCCCCGCCCCCGCGCCCGUGCCCACGCCCCCACGCCCAUCCCCACGCCCCCACGCCCCCAUCCCUCAACUUCCUGCGUGAUCGGGGGAGGCAAAGGAACCUAG